CACACAUAAACACAAAUCACAGUGAAGACAGCAAAACAAAAAAAGAAAAAAAAAAAAAAGAAAAAAUGGAUGAUACAACAACGUCUUCUGAUCAUCACGUCAUUCAUUUCAUGGAUGAUCUAAACCAAAACCACAACGACAAGCCCCACCCCCACCAAACCAACAACCGUGCCUCCGAAGCAAACAAACUACGUCGUUUAAGCUUCUCCAAACCCAAAUCCCGCUUCGGCGAGUUCUCCCCCCUCGAAACCCUCAACGAAGCCACUUCCCCCACCGACGACGACGACGACAGCGACGGCAGCGUCACCACCGACGACGACGACGACGACGAUCGCGCCCCCGCGUCGUCGUCGAGGCGGAGGAAGAACAAGAAGGCGGUGAAGAUCAAUUGGAGAAUCCUCGUGGAGUGGAUCCUCUUCAUCCUCAUCUCCACCAGCCUCGUCUCCUCCCUCACCAUCCCAUCCCUGAAGGCGAAGCUCUCCUGCGGCCUGGAGUCGUGGCGGUGGUGCCUCAUGAUCCUCGUGACCUUCAGCGGCCGCCUCGUCUCCGGCUGGAUCAUGCGCGUGUGCGUCUUCCUGGUGGAGCGCAACUUCAUGCUGCGGGAGAAGGUGCUCUACUUCGUGUACGGCCUGCGGAAGAGCAUCCAGAACUGCGUGUGGCUGGGCCUCGUGCUCCUCUCCUGGACCUUCAUCUUCAACGCCAAGCUGCACAAGAACAACCGCCUGCUCAAGAAGCUCUUCCAGGGGCUCGUGGCGGUGCUCAUCGCCGCCACCAUCUGGCUCGUCAAGAUCAUCCUCGUCAAGGUGCUCGCCUCCUCCUUCCACGUCGCCACCUACUUCGACCGCAUGAAGGAGAGCGUGUUCCAGCACUACGUGCUCGACACGCUCUCCGGCCCGCCCAUGGACGCCGCCGCCUACGAGGCCGCGCACGAGCCGAGCGUGGGGUCGCGGUCCAUGCCGGCGAGGAUGAGGGAGGCGAGGGUUCUGUCGAGGAGGUUCGGGACGAGGAAGAUAGACAUGGAGAAGCUGAGGAAGCUGAGCAUGCAGAACACGGCGUCGGCGUGGACCAUAAAGAGGCUGGUGAACUACGUGAGGUUUUUCGGGCUGUCGACGAUUUCGAAGACGGUGGAUCAGUUGGGCGGGACGGGAUCGGAGAUUACCAGUGAAUGGGAGGCGAGGAAUUGUGCUAAGAGGAUCUUCAAGCAUGUUGCUAAACCUGGGGCCAAAUACAUUGAGGAGGAAGAUCUGAUGAGAUUCUUGAAGCGAGUUGAGAUUCAUACCAUAUUCCCACUCUUCGAAGGUGCACUCGAAACUGGCAAGAUCUCCAAACCUGCCUUCAGAAAUUGGGUGGUGCGGGCUUACUAUGAACGGAAAUCUCUAGCACAUUCCUUAAACGACACGAAGACAGCAGUGCAGCAGCUUCACAAAAUAGCUAGCGCCAUCGUCAGUAUGAUCAUAGUAGUGGUAACCGUGUUGGUGAUGGGGCUGGCUUCGACGAAAGUAAUAGCGUUCAUCAUAACUCAGCUCCUACUCGUGGGAUUCACCUUCCAGAACAUGUGCAAGACCGUGUUUGAGUCCAUUGUCUUCGUGUUUGUGAUGCAUCCAUUUGACAUAGGAGACCGAUGUGUGAUUGACGGUGUCCAGCUGAUUGUGGAAGAGAUGAACAUACUAACAACAGUGUUCCUCCGAUAUGACAAUGAGAAAAUCUACUAUCCUAAUUCAGUCUUGAUCACGAAACCAAUUAGCAACUUCUACAGAAGCCCGGAAAUGAGUGACGCAAUCAAUUUCAGCAUUGACGUCUCCACACCAAUGGACACGAUAAUCACACUCAAGAAAUCAAUACAAACGUACAUCGAGAGCAAGCCAAACUAUUGGAACCCCAAACAUUCAAUCAUAGUGAAGGAGAUAGAGAAUUUGGACAAACUGAAGAUGGCUUUAUGCGUGCAACACACAAUCAACCAUCAGAACUAUGGAGAUCGGAACAUCAGAAUAACAGAACUGUUCCUCGAGUUGAAGAAGAUCUUCGAAAACCUCAAUAUGAAAUACCAUCUUCUACCUCAGGAGAUUCAUCUCACACAAGUCAACAUGAACUAUUGAUUGGAAGCUAAUGUUGCCUUAGUGAAGUGUAAACUCUUUUCCAUGCUCUACCAAAGGCAUACCUAAUUAGUUGUUUAUUUUCUUAAAUUACACGCAUUGUAGCACAUAUUGUCAUCAGUUGAGAGAUGAAUGGUCUGAACAUACAAGAACACUUUUUUACCAUCCAAAUCAGAAGCUAUUAGUGUGGUGUCUAAUUCUUAGUGUAAAUUUAUUGGAUCAA